AAUCGUUAUAUAUUUCAGUAUAAAUGUUAUUCAGAUGGAACACUUGGUUUAUAUUUUAAAAGUUCAACUGUGAAUUGUACAAGAAAAGACGAACCGGUCAGAUUCAAUGUGUCCGAUAUAACAACAAGACUCACUGGUGAAAUUUUAUGUCCUAAUAUCAGAAGAUUUUGCAAGGUACAUAUGUGUAUGGGCAAUAGUGAAAAAUGUUUUAUUGAAAUUCGAUUGAAAUUACUACUAAUUCAAUUUCAAAUAGAAAGAAAUACUAAAGUUUUUUUAGAUUUUGAAACAUAG